GCGGGGGGAGAGAAGCAGGGCGGCGCUUGACGGCGACCUCCUUGUCCAGGACGGCCGCCGCGCCGCGCGGCGCGGGCGCCGCACUCGCCGCUCUCUCACCCCUCAACCCUCGCUCCCUCCGGUGGUUGGCUGGAGGGGCGCCCGCCCCGUCUCCCUGCAUUUUUGCGCUGCUCGCGCCCGAGCGGGCGGCCGCGGGGCCUCGUCUGGCUGCCACUCUGCCCGCCGAGCGGGGGGCGGCGCGGGGCCGCCGCGCGCCAGGGCGGACGGCAGACGAGAGGAGGCGGGGGCGCCGGAGAGCGCAGCCGGCCCGAGGACCGCCCCACUGCGGGGCAGUGCCUGCGGCACCCGUGGCUGCAGCGGUCCAG